AUGCGUUUACCAGGAGCGGGGCUGCUAUUCAGGGGCCUCUGUCUUUCAGUCUUUUUGUUCAGCCCUGCUGAGGCCAUUGAUUUGGAUAUCAGCGAUGAACAAUCGAUCAAAGAUGCCGCAAGCACAGCCGUGUAUGCUAUGAUGACCUACUAUUCUGGUAAUGAGACCGGUCAAAUACCUGGCGCUUUCCCCACCAAAUGGUGGGAGGGAUCGGCGUUAUUUCUCGCCCUCCUUCAUUAUUGGCAUUAUACCGGCGAUACCACAUAUAACGACGAGCUACGCGUUGGCCUGGAGUGGCAAUCUGGUGAUGAUGGAGACUACAUGCCUACCAAUUAUAGUAGUUACUUGGGAAAUGACGAUCAAAUGUUUUGGGGAGUCGCUGCUAUGACUGCCGCCGAAUUGCAAUUCACCGAUGUCUCCGACGGAUUUUCUUGGUUAUCCCUCGCUCAGGGAGUUUUCAACACACAGAUUAAACGAUGGGAUACAACCAAGUGCUCGGGUGGAAUGCGCUGGCAGAUCUAUCCCUACCAAAGCGGCUAUACCAUGAAGAACGCUAUCUCAAACGGCGGACUGUUUCAGCUGUCCGCUCGACUGGCGCGUUAUACAGGAGAUGCAAUUUAUUUGACAUGGGCCAACAAGAUCUGGGACUGGUCUGUGUCGGAUGAUUCUUCGCCCUUGAUCAAUAAUGCGACAUGGGAUGUUGCCGAUUCAACAAACAUGGAGAAUGAUUGUACAACACGUGGAGACACCCAGUGGUCAUACAACUAUGGGGCCUACAUGACAGGAGCCGCCUACCUAUACAAUUAUACCAACGGAAGUUCUUAUUGGCUCGAAGCCGUCGAUGGUCUCCUGAAUAAGACAUUGGACAAGUUUAUCCCCGACAGCAACGGCGGCAUUUUUGAAGAGGUCACAUGCGAGCCUACAGAAGUGUGCAAUAACAAUGAGAUCCUUUUCAAGGGACUUGUCUCCUCCUGGCUGUCGUUUACCGCCAUGCUUGUUCCAUCGACCUAUAGCAGUAUCAUCCCCAAGCUACAAACAUCAGCCCAAGCCGCCGCUAAAUCCUGUACGGGCCAUAGCAACAGCACAUGUGGUGUCCGAUGGUAUCAAUCCAAAUACGACGGAUGGAUCGGAAUGGAGGAGCAAAUCAGCGCGAGCGAUAUCUUUACGGCAAAUUUGGUCAGCUUCAACGCGGUAGCGCCAGUUACUUCGACAACGGGAGGAAACAGCACCAGCAACCCAGAUGCUGGAAAUAACGACACAACGUCAACCACUACGACGAGUACUACUAUCACUACAAAAGAUAAGGCUGGUGCCGGAAUUUUGACAGUCCUUUUUGUUGUCGGGUGGGUAAGCCUCAUCGGAUGGACAGUUCUGGGUGGUUAA